CCAGCAGGAAUCACAUGAUCCAUCCAGAUCCUGUCUGCUGCGAGUAAAGGCUCUCCCAGGUACUAGUUCACCACGUCUUUGUGUUGUGAUAGGACGCUAAUGCAACAGGACAAUGAAGCUGAUCAUCCUCAAUGACUACGACCAGGCGAGCGAGUGGGCUGCCAAGUACAUCAGGAACAAGAUUAUACUGUUCAAACCUGGUCCGGACAAAUAUCUCACCUUAGGGCUCCCAACAGGAAGCACCCCUUUGGGAUGUUACAAGAAACUGAUUGAGUACUACAAGAAUGGAGAAAUCUCCUUCCAGUAUGUAAAAACAUUCAACAUGGAUGAAUAUGUGGGGCUCCCCAGAGAUCACCCAGAGAGCUACCACUCCUUCAUGUGGAAUAACUUCUUCAAGCACAUAGAUAUAAAAGCCGAGAAUACCCACAUCCUAGAUGGCAACGCUGCUGACCUGCAGGCAGAGUGUGACUCAUUUGAGGAAAAGAUAACAGCAGCAGGGGGGAUCGAGCUCUUUGUCGGAGGUAUUGGGCCAGAUGGCCACAUCGCCUUUAAUGAGCCUGGUUCAAGUCUGGUUUCCAGAACAAGAGUGAAGACCCUGGCAAAGGACACCAUCAUGGCUAAUGCCCGAUUCUUUGAUGGGGAUCUCUCAAAGGUGCCCACCAUGGCUCUGACUGUGGGAGUGGGAACUGUCAUGGAUGCAAAAGAGGUAAUGAUUCUCAUCACUGGAGCACACAAGGCAUUUGCUUUAUACAAAGCUAUAGAGGAAGGCGUGAAUCACAUGUGGACAGUGUCUGCAUUCCAACAACACCAACAGACUGUUUUUGUAUGUGACGAAGAUGCCACCUUAGAACUGCGUGUCAAAACUGUUAAGUACUUUAAAGGGAUGAUGUACGUGCACAACAAGCUGGUCGAGACACCUUCUUCGGAACAAAUGAAGAACUGAUAAGAUCUUUUCCAAACUUUGUUUAUCAAUGUCCUUAAAAAAAUAACACUCCAGUGAUUCCUUUAUCUUCUGGUGGAGAUAUAUUUUUGUACAUUGAGCAGUGCUUGGUGUUGUUUGACUAAUACUCCCAGUAAUAAUUAGGUGCUGUAGCGUCAGGCCGUGUUUUUACAGCUUUGCUUCACAUUUGCUCUUUGAAAUAAAGUGCAUUUAAUUUGUACGUC